GACGCGGAACUCCUCCACUCGAACACGCAAGAAGCAGAAUUGGGCUAGCCCUUGCUGACGAGUCCCUCCAUUCACGCCAGAGCAGGGUCCAUAGGCGCGUUCCUUUGCCCAAUCAUCACGAAUCGAGCAACGCCCUCAUUUGCCUUUCCGGUCGACCACUCACUCUCAAAAACUCCACGAUGGUUCAAGCUUUAUGAAUGAGCUCGUUCACCCUUCCCUUGCUCUCGCGUGACUCGCUGCUCUAGUAGCUGAACGCCUCUAUCACGCUCACAUACCCGCUGCCUCUGCACCACUGUUCUUCGACACAUUCACGAUUGUUUGGAGUCACACGAUUCACCUUGCGCACCUCGGUGAUAGAUGGCAUAAGCGAUUGCUUGAGUGAAACAGCUGACAGCAUGGCGCAAGGAAAAGUCCACGGUGGAUACUUCACCAGCUGGAGUAUAUACGGCAGAGGCUACAAGCCCAAUGCCUUGCCUACCCAGCAUCUCACACACAUCUUUUACGCCUUUGCUGACGUCAAGACGGACAGCGGCACCGUCUUCCUCACAGAUCCAUGGGCAGAUGUACAAAUACCUCACGACUCUCCUGCUAGCGACUCAGACCUGCGGGGCAACCUGGGCGCUCUGUUGAGGCACAAGCGCGCAGAUCGGACCACAAAGGUCAUCCUCUCAGUCGGAGGUUGGUCCUUCAGCUCCCACUUUGCUCCCGUCGCAAGCGACCCGCGAAAACGUGCAGAAUGCGUACGAAGCGCCGUCGAGCUGCUCGAGGAUCACGCUUUUGAUGGUUUGGAUUGGGAUUGGGAGUUUCCCGAGAAUCCUCAACAAGCAGCAGAUUACGUCUCUCUGUUGCGCGAAGUCAGAUAUGCUUUGGAAAAUCAUGCACAGCGCAAGAAUGAGCCUCGCUACCUGCUCACUGUCGCCGCACCGGCAGGGGAAGAGAAGCUGCGAGGCUUGCGAUUGCAGGAAAUGGACCAGGUGCUGGACUAUUGGAACGUCAUGACGUACGACUUUGCCGGCUCGUGGGAUGAGCGCGCCGGUCAUCAAGCUACGCUCAGAGGUCCGGCACCAAGUUGCGAAGCCACAGUGGCUGCGUUUGGUCGCUUUGGCGUGCCGCCUCACAAGCUGGUCCUCGGUAUACCCCUGUAUGGUCGGUCAUUCUUGAAAUGCGGAGGUCCUGGGUCGUCUUUCAAAGGCGUUGGAAAGGGCACGCACGAAGCUGGCCUGUACGACUAUAGAGCCUUGCCUCUGCCAGGUGCGCAGGAAGAGCUUCAUCCUUGCGGCGCUGCGAGCUGCAGGACCUCCGAUGGUGAAUGGGUCACGUAUGAUACUCCAUUCACUGCCAGGGACAAGGCAGGUUAUGUCAAAUGGGCCGGACUCGCUGGCGCGUUCUACUGGGAUCUUAGCGGCGAUGCCGAGGGUCAGCGCGCCAUCGUUCCUGCCGUGGCCCAAGAGGUGAGUAAGGCACGCCGGCGCGUGCGGUGAGUAGAAAAACCGCCAAGCUGUAGUGUGGACAGACCUUUGCGGCUAUGCCAUACGUGGCUGACUCUCGCUUCCGCGAAAUGCAGCUUGGUCAACUCGACCAGACUCCGAAUCACCUCUCUUACAAUUGGAGCAAGUAUGCCAACGUUCGGGAAGGCCGUCCCUGAGCUAGCUAACCGUACCAUUACUUCCAAGAGUCGUGACACCCACCCUGCGGAGCAGGA